AUGGCGCUAAACCCUCAGUACGAUGCCAUCGGAAAAGGUUUUGUACAACAGUAUUACACACUAUUCGAUGACCCAGCUCAGCGGCCAACUCUGGCAAAUAUGUACAAUGUUGAAACAUCAUUUAUGACCUUUGAAGGAGUGCAGUUGCAGGGUGCGGUAAAAAUUAUGGAAAAAUUAAAUAGUCUGACAUUUCAAAAAAUUACUAGACUAGUAACAUCUGUUGAUUCACAACCAAUGUUUGAUGGUGGAGUUUUAAUCAAUGUCCUGGGUAGAUUGCAGUGCGAUGAAGACCCCCCACACCCGUACAUGCAGACGUUUGUCUUAAAACCACUUGGUGAUUCAUUCUUCGUUCAGCACGAUAUAUUCCGUCUCGGCAUCCACGACGUCGCUUAA